AUGGAAAUAGUCAAGAAACAAUUAAGUCAGUUGUUGUUGUUAGUCCCACCUGAGACUUUUCCAAGUAAUUCAACCAACCGUAUUGAAUUAUCGAUUGCUAGAAUUUUAGAAGGAAAAUCCGAUUUUCUUUUAGCAGUCAGUGAUUUCAAAGAAGUUUCUAAUUUACCUGAAUUAAAAACCAUAUGGAGCAAAUAUCCAGAAUCUAGUUUGAUUGAAGUAUUAGUCGAAUAUGUUGAUAAAUUAGUUCAAUUACAAAAUAAGUUUUUCGGGGAUGAAGGGGUUAUUUGUUCCCAGCUUUUGGGUGUUGCAUGUUUGCAAUUAUUUAUUCAAGCUAAUUUCACGGGUCCACAAGUAUCGACUACUGCACAUUCUUUGUUUUUCCCAAAUUUUGAUUCAUCAAGAUUACAAGCAGAUGCUGUUAACUUAUUAAAUAUUGAAGGUCAACAAGCAUAUGAUUUGAUGCAAGAACCAUUAUAUUUGGUCUUCGCAGAAUUGAUUUUUGAAAGGUUAUCAGAUAUACCAUUUCAACUCUCAUUAUUUAACAAAGACGUCGCAAAGAAUAGCAAUGAAGUAUUGGAAUUUACAUCCAAUGGUUCCAGAGUAAUUGAUCCACUUAAAGCUUCACUUAAUUGGUGGAGAGUUAGAGCAUUACAAGUUCAUUCGUCUGUUGUUUCCGAACCCCCAAGUAUUAUACUGUCUGUUUGUGGGUUAUUACUUAACAAUUCGUUGAUUACUGUUCUUGCGUCUUUAGAUUCAGCCGAAUUAGAAAGAUUACUACAAAUUCAAUACUUGUUAGAAGUAGCAAGAAUUCAUAUUCAUUCAUCAACAGAACAUGCUGCAGUUCUGCCAUUAACAAAAGCCAAGACUAUUUCCCAAUUGCAAGUAUUAUUAUCGGGGGCCAAGGCAAAGAGAACAAAGUUUCAACAAUUCUUCACUUCCAAUUUGAUUGUAUUGGCUAAAAGUAAUAUCUCCACCAUUUAUGAUGUGGAUACGGCCACUCCAGAAAGUUUCGCAUUGGAAUCUGAUUUGCUUUUAGAAAAACCACAGUAUGAAUCUUUAGAAGAUCUUGAUAUUGAUAUUGAACAAGACACCAAAAGAGUAAAAGUUGAUUCAUUGUUGUUGGAUAAUGAAGAUCAAGAUGCAAAAUUACUUCCAAUUGCUAUGAGGCAAGAUGAUAUUCCAGCCGAAUUAAGAGAACUUGAUCCAAAUGACCAACCAACUUUGAAUAAUCUUGAUAACUUGCAAUUAUUAUUGAGGUUGACUGUCUUGAAACAAACUUCUCCAGCAAAUGAUCCAUUAGUGGAAGAAGAAUUGAUGGCGUUAGUUGGUAGAGUGUUGUAUGCCACUGCAGGCAAGGUGAACUGGACAAUUUUCUCACGUGCUCUUUGGGAAAGAUCUAUCUUGGAAACAGGCAAAUCUCGUACUAUUGAGAGAGGUAUUUUACAAAUGACUUCUUUAAUUGAAGAAAUGGGUAUCAAGAUUAAAACUAGAAUUAUUCCAGAAACUCAAAAAGAAGAUCCAAAUGCUGUUACUGCCCUGAGAUUAAGAUUUAUUCAUCAAUUACCAUUAUUACCACAAUGGGCAAUGGAUGCAAAAUUGGCGGAAAAAUACAUGUCCUUGGGUGUUUUAAAAUCUGCCAUUGAAAUUUAUGAAAGAUUACAAAUGCAUUGUGAAGCUGCAUUAUGUUAUGCAACAGUGGAUAACGAAGCUGAAGCAGAAAGGAUUUUACUUAAUCGUUUGGAAACUCAUCCUGAUGAUGCCAGAGCUAUUUCAAUUCUUGGAGACAUUAGACAAGAUCCAUCAUUAUGGGAAAAAGCAUGGGAAGUUGGUCAUUAUGCCAAAGCUAAGGCAUCAUUGUCUCGAUUCUACUAUAACCAAAAGAAUAUUGAAUUGGCUAUCAAGCAUAUGUUUGAGUGCCUCACUGUUAACCCAUUAAGUUACGAAAACUGGUAUUUCUAUGGUUGUUGUGGUCUUGAGUCUCAGCAAUUUGAAUUGGCGUCUGAAGCUUUCACGAGAUGUGUAUCUCUUGACGAAACCAAUUCUUAUGCUUGGUCAAAUUUAGCAAGUGCUUUAUUAAAAUUAGAUAAAACUAAACCAGCAUUUAACGCUUUAAAGAAAGCGAUUAGAUGUGGUGGUGAGAAUAGAAAAUCCUGGAGAAUUUACGAGAACUACAUGCUUGUUGCUAUUAAGCUUAAUGAAUGGAAUGAUGUAUUAUUAGCUUGUCGAGAAUUGAUUGACAUUAAAAAGGAUCAAGGCGAUGGUGCAAUUGAUAUUCCUGUUUUGGAGAAAUUAGUUGAAAUUCUUGUAUCUGAGCAAUACCCAACUGAAGACAACGGUAGAUUGACUCAUUUCCAAACUGGAUGUAUCGAUUUAGUAUGUAAGAUUUUGCCAAAAGUCAUAACUUCAUCUGCACGUUGUUGGAGAAUAGUUGCAAGAGUUGAAUUAUGGAGAAAGAGACCAUGGGCUGCUUUAGAAUGUCAUGAAAAGGCUUAUAGAGUUAUGGUCCAUAAUCCUGAGUUAGAAUCUAGUGAACCAAUUUGGAAUGAAGUCGUUGACGCCUGUGAAGAUCUUGUUAGUGCAUAUGAAUCACUUGGUGAAUUACCAGGUAAACACGGAGCUGGCGAUUUAGUUUGUAAAGAUUGGAAGUAUAAAGCUAGAACUACAGUUCGAUCAUUAAUGUCAAAGGGUAAAGAUAUGUGGGAAGAUUCACCGGGUUGGGAAAGAUUGCAAACUAUGAAAAGCGACCUAUCUAAUUCUAGAGAUUAA